UGCUGAAACCAGAGAGCAGUUCCAGGACGAAAUGGCGGUAAACAUGAAGGUGUUGUCAGGAAGUUCCUGCCCUAACCUCGCCAUGAAGAUGUGCGAGCAUCUGGGCCUGGAGCUGAGCCAGGUGGUCACCAAGAGGUUGCCCAGUGGAGAGUGGAGUGUCGAGCUGUGCGAGUCGGUGCGUGGAAUGGAUGUGUACGUCGUCCAGACCGGAUGUGACGAAGUGAACGACAUGCUGAUGGAGCUGCUGAUCAUGAUCGACGCCUGCAAGAUGGCCUCGGCAGGUCGCGUCACCGCCGUCGUCCCCUGCUUUCCUUACGCGCGGCAGGACGAGAAGAAGCGAGAAAACAGGACGACAGACGCCAAGCUGGUGGCCAACAUGGUGUCCGCGGCCGGAGCUGAUCACGUGAUCACCAUGGACCUCCACGCCCCGCAGAUCCAGGGCUUCUUCGACAUCCCCGUGGACUGCCUGACCGCCGAACCUGCCAUCCUGCUGUGGAUCAGGAGUCAGAUCCCGGACUGGCGCCACUGCUGCCUCGUGGCCCCUGACACUGGAGCUGCCAAGAAGGUGACGUCACUGGCCGACAAGCUGAACGUGGAGUUUGCUCUCCUCCACGAAGGCCGCACUAAGGUCAACCAAACGGUCGCCAUGAUUUUGGUCGGAGAUGUGCGAGACCGCGUCGCCAUUUUGGUGGACGACGUGGCGGACGCCUGCGGCACGAUGUGUCGCGCGGCAGAGAAAUUAGUGGAGGCCGGUGCCCGCCAGGUGCUGGCCGUCUGCACUCAUGGAUUCUUCUCAGGUCCAGGCGUCGCCCGCGUGAACGACUCCAAGCUGGAGAUGGUGAUGGUGACCAACACGCUGCCCCAGGCCAUCAACAUGGCGCACAGCACCAAGAUCAGGACGAUCGACGUGUCGGCCAUUUUUGCCGAGGCUGUACGUAGGACUCACAAUGGUGAAUCUCUCUCUUUCCUCUUCAGUAACGUUCCCCUCUAAUUGUACCUCCAUCCUUCCUUCCGUUUCCAACUUCUGCAGCCAUUAAAUUUUUUCUCAGUGAUUUUUGA